CUUCAAGUAGCUUUCGGGCCUCAGCGGUUAUUUUCUUCUAGGGUUAGGGUUUGUGAUAUAGCUCUUUCUUCCAUCUCUCAAUUUUUGCGGGUUUCUCUAUCUACUUCAGGUUGAUUCUAGGAUUACUCGCACACCAUGGCGACUUCACGUUUCUGGACUCAGGGAGAUAGCGACACAGAGGAUGAGGAUACAGCCUCUCAGGAAUCAAUUGACAAUGGAGGACCUCCAGGUGAUUCAGCAGGGGCAAUUGCUCGAUCAAAAUAUAUGCAAGGAAAUGCCAGUGACUCUGAUGAUUCUGAUGAUCAAAGGAGGGUCGUUCGAUCUGCAAAGGAUAAGAGGUUUGAAGAAAUGUCGCAAACGAUCGAUCAGAUGAAAAAUGCGAUGAAAAUCAAUGACUGGGUUAGCUUACAAGAAUGCUUCGAUAAAAUUAACAAGCAGCUGGAGAAGGUGAUUAGAGUUACUGAAUCCGAGCAGGUACCAAAGCUUUACAUCAAAGCUUUGGUUAUGCUUGAGGAUUACCUUGCCGAGGCUUUGGCAAACAAAGAUGCAAAGAAAAAGAUGAGUAGUAGUAACUUUAGGGCCUUGAAUUCAGUCAAGCAAAAGCUCAAGAAAAACAACAAGCAAUUUGAGGACCUUAUUGAGAAAUAUAGGGCAGAGGGUCAUGGAGAAGAAGAUGAACAGGAAGAGGAGGAAGAAGAUGAAGACUCGGAAUCUGAGUUCAUCGAAGAUCCUACCAAGGUCCCUACUUUAUCGGAGAGUGAAGAUGAAGACAAGGAUAUGGUAGAUGAUGAAGAUGAGGGGGGUUGGGAAAAGAAAAGAAGUAAGAAAGAUAAGAUGAUGGACAAGCAGUUUAUGAAGGACCCUAGUGAGAUAACAUGGGAAACAGUUGAUAAGAAGCUUAAAGAAAUAGUUGCAGCGAGGGGGAAGAAGGGGACUGGAAGAAUUGAACAGGUUGAGCAGCUCACUUUCCUCACCAGGGUUGCAAAAACCCCUGCUCAAAAGCUUGAGAUCUUUUUCCAUGUGGUUUCUGCCCAAUUCGAUGUGAAUCCGAGUCUUAGUGGCCAUAUGCAGAUAAAUGUAUGGAAAAAAUGCGUCCAAAAUGUGCUUUCAAUUCUUGAUAUUUUGGAGCAAUACCCAAAUAUUGUGGUUGAUGAUACUGUGGAGUCUGACGAGAAUGAGACCCAAAAGGAUGCAGAUUACAAGGGUACAAUUCGGGUUUGGGGGAACUUGGUUGCCUUCUUAGAGCGAAUGGAUAGUGAAUUCUUCAAGAGCUUGCAGGGUAUUGAUCCCCACACUAAGGAAUAUGUUGAAAGGCUUAGAGAUGAGCCUUUGUUCUUUGUGCUUGCACAAAAUGUUCAGGAUUAUUUGCAACGCAUUGGCGACACAAAAGGUGCUGCUAAAGUUGCAUUGAGAAGAGUUGAGCUUGUGUAUUAUAAGCCCCAAGAAGUUUAUGAAGCAAUGAGGAAGUUGGCUGAGCAGCGAAUGGAUAUUUCAGAAGCACCUGCUCAAGCUUCUACAGAGAAUGGGGAGAUGGAAAUUGAUGAAGAUGGGAAAUCUGAGGAACCCCAUGUUGGUGGUGAAGAAUUUAGAGGACCUCCUGCUUUUGUAGUCACACCUGAGCUUGUUCCUCGAAAGCCCACUUUUCCAGAGAGUAGUCGAGCUUUCAUGGAUGAAUUGGUAUCUCUUAUCUAUAAGUAUGGUGAUGAGCGCACUAAGGCAAGGGCUAUGCUCUGUGAUAUAUAUCAUCAUGCAAUUUUGGACGAAUUUGCAACUGCUCGCGACUUGUUGUUGAUGAGUCACUUGCAAGAUGGUGUCCAACACAUGGAUAUUUCGACCCAAAUACUUUUCAACAGGGCAAUGGCUCAACUUGGUCUCUGUGCUUUUAGGGUGUCUCUCAUCUCAGAAGCGCAUGGUUGUCUAUCUGAGCUUUAUGCGGGUGGUAGGGUGAAGGAGCUGCUUGCACAAGGUGUUGCUCAGAGUCGUUACCAUGAGAAGACCCCAGAACAAGAAAAGCUCGAGAGGAGAAGGCAGAUGCCAUACCACAUGCAUAUCAACCUCGAACUUCUCGAGGCUGUGCACCUGAUAUGUGCCAUGCUCCUUGAGGUCCCGAACAUGGCAGCCAACACUCAUGAUGCCAAGCGCAAGGUCAUCAGCAAGACCUUUCGCCGCCUCCUCGAAGUUAGUGAGCGACAGACUUUCACGGGCCCACCUGAGAAUGUGCGCGACCAUGUCAUGGCUGCCACGCGUUCCCUCAUCAAGGGUGACUUUCGCAAGGCCUUUGAAGCCAUCGAAUCCCUAGACAUGUGGAAACUCGUAAAGGACCUCCAAACAGUCUUGGGCAUGUUAAAGAACAAAAUAAAAGAUGAGGCCCUAAGAACCUAUCUCUUCGCGUACUCUUCGUGCUAUCAUUCGUUGAGCCUUGAUCAAUUGACUGCGAUGUUCGAGCUCUCGGAGGCCCAUGUUCAUAGCCUUGUGAGCAAGAUGAUGAUCACUGAAGAGUUGCAUGCGAGUUGGCACCAACCCACUCGUUGCCUGGUCUUCCACAACGUUGAGCACACAAGGCUUCAAGCCUUGGCCUCGUUGUAUGCUGAGAAGCUCUCGGUCUUCGUGGAUAGCAAUGAGAGGGCCUUUGAGGCUCGAACAGGGGGUGGGCUCGAUGGCCUCCCGUCUAGGAGGAGAGAGGGUCAAGACUAUGCAGGGGCGACUGGUGGAAAAUGGCAGGCUGAUUUCUCGAGUCAAGGGAGACAAGGCGGUUAUGGUGCGCGUUCCGCCUAUGGUAGAGGUGGGUCUUCUGGUGUCGGUGGUGGUUUCUCUAAGGAUAGGGGUGGUCAAGGGAGUAGGGGUGGUGGAGGUUACUCGGCUCCUUACCAGAGUACUCGCUACCAAGAUGCAUAUAGUAGUGUGGGGAGGACACCAUACCAGAGUGGUGCUUCUGGAAAGGGAUCUCAGAUUGAUAACACAACUCGCAUGGUCAGUUUUUCAAAAGUUGGUCGUGCAUAAAAACACCGAUACUCUCUUCCAUAGUUGGGAUUCUGCUUUUUCAACUGUUGAGGCACUUUGCGUUUGGUAAGGUAAAGGACCUGUACUUGUUUUUAACUUAAGAAGUUUUGCACUGAAUUGGUCAGCUUUUCAAAGGUUGGUCAAGCUUAGGUCCCUCUCUCUCUCUCUCUCUCUAGUUCUAUAACUAAGAGUAUUUUGCAUUUUGACAUUGCAAUUGAAAGAGAAGAACUCAGCAUCUGGUAAGAUGGAGGUUAGGCAUUUAAUUUUGACUAUGUUCUGGCUGUUGCAUGUUCAACCGGCCAUGUUGAUUUCGGUUCCUUAUGGUUUGUAUGGACACUUUGUAUUUCACUCUUCUAUUGUUGUCAUGGAAGGGAUUAUGUUAUUAUCAGUAAAACUUUUGUUAAGAAA